UACAUAUAUACAUAUAUAUAUAGCGAUCAACCAAAAGAUUAAAACUUGCCUGUGAAUCAAAUGGCGAAGCCUUUGCUCAUGUUGUUAUGGCUAAUAACAAGCAGCAUCCUAGUAGUGUCCGAGGGACAAUCUGGGACAUUGUCGGUGUUGCAGGCACCAACAGAGGUAGCGAUAAGGCUUGCUCGUGAUCCUCAGUCUCUGUCGGAAGGCUCCACAGAUUUUGGGCACAUAAUUCAUAAGCAUCCGGUGGCGAUCAUGAACCCGGCGUCCACAAGUGACAUAUCGGUGCUCAUAAAGUUCUCAAACUCGUUAGACAUUCCGUUCAGUGUUGCCGCCAGAGGGGAGGCUCACUCGGUGAACGGACAGUCCAUGGCUUUUGGUGGGGUUGUGGUGAACAUGAGCUGUUUCAGAAAUAAUAAUGGUGGGUCGUCGUCGUCCGGGGGGAUAUUUGUGACGGAGAAGACGGCGGCGCCGGGGGAUUACGUGGACGUGGGUGGUGGACAGAGGUGGAUCGAUGUCCUGCAUGAGACCAUGAAACGUGGAUUGUCACCUCGUUCUUGGACAGAUUACUUGUAUUUGACGGUCGGCGGUACCCUUUCUAAUGCUGGGAUUAGCGGCCAAACCUUUCGAUUUGGUCCUCAGAUUCAAAAUGUUUACGAACUGGAUGUUGUUACAGGGAAAGGAGAAGAAGUAACAUGUUCUCGUGAGAUUAACUCAGACCUUUUCUACGCUGUUCUUGGAGGUUUAGGCCAAUUUGGGAUCAUCACCAGAGCCAGAAUUGCUUUAGGACCUGCACCAACCAGGGUGAAGUGGCUGCGAUUGCUUUACAAUGACUUCUCUGUGCUAAGUGCAGAUCAAGAACGAUUAAUCUCGAUGAACGAAAGUGUGGAAAAAAACAUCCCUAAUUACGUAGAAGGAUCGCUUCUGCUGAAUCAAUCAUCCAUGGAUCUUUCCUUUUAUCCACAGACUGAUCGUCCCAGGAUCACUUCCCUCGUCCACCAGAAUGGCAUCGUCUACGUCUUAGAGCUAGCCGAAUAUUACACCAACGAUUCUCAGACAACAAUCGACAAGGAAGUUGAAGAGCUGAUAAGUGGGUUAAAGUUUGUGGCUUCGUUUAACUUCGAGAAGGAUGUGUCGUACGAGGAGUUUCUGGACCGGGUUCACACGGACGAGCUUGUUCUUAGGCCACAGGGACUGUGGGAUCUUCCUCAUCCAUGGCUGAACAUGUUCGUUCCAAAGUCUCGAAUCACGGAUUUCAAUGAAGGAGUCUUCAAGGGCAUACUUCUCAAGCAAAACAUCUCUACGGGAGUCGUCCUGGUCUAUCCCGUGAAUGGCAACAAGUGGGAUGAUAGGAUGUCUGCGAUGAUCCCAAGUGAAGAUGUUUUCUACGUGGUGAGUCUUCUGCACACGAGCAGGUUUGAUGAAGUGGAAGCAUAUCAGAAGCUAAACCAGAUGGUAUUGCAGUUCUGUGCGGAAUCUGGUAUUCAGAUUAAGCAAUAUCUUCCACUUAACAUGACAAGGAAACAAUGGGUGGAUCACUUUGGAGCCAAAUGGAGCCUUUUCGAGCAGAGAAAAGCUCAAUAUGAUCCCAAACGUAUUUUGUCACCUGGCCAAGGCAUUUUCAAUGUGAACAAUAAAUAAUUAAAGCUACCAAUAUAGAUCUAUACCUUCUCUGUAAUCCAAUAUCAUGCUUGAUUAUUAGUAGGUAUUUUAGUAUUUAGACCAUCAGAAUUAGGUCGAUUGAAUAUGUAUAAACAAGUGAGAGACUUGCACUGGCUUAAUUUAAAGCUUAGUACAGCCUCUGCUAGCUAGUUGGUGAAAAACGUACAUAUUACUUUACGUUAUAUAUAUAUGUAUAUGUGUUACUGUUACGCUUGAAUUGCAAUUCGAAAUAAAUUCAUAUC